AUGUACAAUCAAAAUAUUUGUGUACAUUAUUGUUUUUACAACAUAACUACAACGAAUGAAGACACUAUCUUUUGUCAUUUUAAAGCGAAUGAUGCACAAAACUGGAUUCAUCUUCAUCUUCGUGAACAACAUUUCACACCUUUUUAUGAAGUAUCAGAUUUAUUGGAGACAGUACAAGACGCUACCCAAAAUGAAGCCCAUGUUGAUGCCAAUAUUGAACUAUUGCGUGAUAAUUAUGAUGAAGAUCCUACCGAAGAUAACCAUAACAAUCAUGAAAAUGAAAUUGAGAUUGAUAGAGAAGAUCGAAUUGGUGAAAAUACUAUGGAUUUUAUUGAUGAUGGUACUAUUCCAGUUUAUACAAAUUAUCGUAAACACAGUACAAGUCAUAUUGAUUUUUAUAAAGAAUUUACGAGUAAUUCAUUCGGUCAUUCUUGUAUUAUUUGCGACAGACUAUGGUGGAAAGGAGACUUGAAAAAGUCGACCAGUAAACAUGAAAGUAUUUUGAAAACAAUACUGCAGAAUUACAUACCUGGUGAAAUUGUUCAAGUCUGCUCUACGUGUUAUACAUCUUUGGGAAAAGAAAAAAUUCCUCUCAUGUCAACCUACAAUGGUUUUGCAUAUCCGAAAAUUCCAUCACAUUUACCAACGUUAAACCUUAUCGAGCAACGGUUGAUUUCCCCGAGAAUACCGUUCAUGCAGAUUCGUAGACUGAGACACGUUAAUGGUCAGUACGGUAUUUAUGGCCAGAUAAUUAAUGUACCUGUUGAAGUUAAUACAAUGGUGAAACAAUUGCCAAGAAACAUUGAAGAUGACCAUUGCUUUUAUGUGCAUUUGAAAAAGAAGUUGAUUCACAAAACUAGUUAUGUCCACGGGCUUAUAAAUAAGAGCCAUAUUAAAGAGUGGUUGUCGUAUUUAGUAUCUACGCCUCUUUAUAUUUAUCAUGACAUUAAAAUCGAUGAAUCUUUUUUUCCGGCAAUGAACGUACUUCGCAAUUGA